CCCGCUGUUAACUCCAUUCACAACUCUAUAAUCCCAACAUUCUCCCUUCCCUCACACAUUUUUUCCCUCUUCCACCACUCUUUUCCCAUCGAACUCCACUCUCCUAUUUUUUACACUGAAAUGAAGCUAAUACAGAGGCAAGGGGUACAAAAGAGACUUCGCGUCCAAAGUUAGAGGAGCUCUUUCUUCUUCUUUUUAUUUGACAAAUUUUCAAAAUCAGAUGUAUUUGGCUUAAAUCUUGUAACCUUAGUUGAUAAAAAGGCUAAGAACCACUGAGUUAAGUAGGAUUGUACAUUUGAGGAAAACUUAAACCUGGUUCCUAAUGUUGUAUUCCUGUGCAGUCAACCAAAUGUGCAAAGUUAGAGUCGUAUAUUUGAAUUUCCAAUAAACUUUAAUCUGAACUAUCUGGAGCCCUGACUUGAAAGAUUUUUCAACUGAACUCAACAAAAUGGGUUAUCCAAAAGUUCAACAAGAAACUUAAAUACAAGAUGUUGGAUCUGCAACUCGAAAACUUGGACCUCAGUUACAACAGAGAUAUGAGUCCUGAAGACUUCAGCAUAUGUGGAAACAUUGUUAAACUACUACCAGUUACAAAUGUCCGUAUGUUUGACUGCAGUUUAACUGAUGAGAAAGUUGAAAAGUUAAAAUCUUCCCUGGAAGAAAAACAGGUAUCAGAACAAGGGUGUCGUUUUAGUAGCUCUGUGCAUUCCUAUUCAAAGAAAUUCAAGGAAUCCUCUGCGAUUACUUUUCAUUAUGAAAAGGAUUUUGAUGAAAAUGGAAUUAUUUAUUGGAUUGGAACCAAUUGGAGAACUGCCCUUAAAUGGGUUAAUCCAGCAAUCCACAAUUUAGUUCACAUAACCUCAUCUGAAGGACGUGGGUUGCCGUACGGUAAAUUGGAAGAAGUGUUAAGUAGAGAUCCUGCUCCUCUCAACUGUCAUACCAGCAAUAGCAAGACAGCCUGGAUUUGCAUCGAUUUUAGAUUAUGGAUUAUACCUUCUGCAUACACUCUGCGCCACUCUCGUGGUUACGUGAAUUCUGCUCUCAGGAACUGGUUGUUCCAGGCUUCAAAGGACGGACAAACUUGGAUUACUUUGUAUAAUCACAGCAAUGAUACUUCACUGAAUGAGCCCGGCUCGACAGCAACUUGGAACAUUACAUCUCACGUGGGUGAAAAGCAGGGCUGGCGUCAUUUUCGUUUGCAACAAAGCGGUCAAACAGCAAGAAAACGAACACAUUACUUAUCUAUGUCUGGGCUUGAGAUUUAUGGAACUGUAACGGGAGCUUGUGAACAGCUGAACUCUCUUGAUAUAAGUUGCAAUUCUGAAAUUACAAAAAAAGGCUUUUUCACAAUUGGAAAAAUAACGGAAACUUCUGGGCUUCAAAACUUAACCAUUAGUGAUUGUGAAAUGACAAGUCAAAAACUGGAAAGCCUGCAAGAAGCUAUUCCUGAAAGAAGAAAGCUUAAUAAGCUUGAUGUGAGCUAUAACGACACAUUGGGAGCAGAAGGCAUGAGCACACUUGGAUCAUUUGUGAUAAAGUAUGAAGUUGAAGAUGUAAGUCUUGCGAGUUGCAAAUUAAAUGAAAAGCUUAUGGAAAGCUUCUUAUCUUCUGCUCAACAAUCAAAGCUUGGGAAUCACAUGCAGAUUCAGCAAUUGAAUAUAUCGCAUAAUCGUUCAAUUGGACGAGGCAUCAUUCACAUAGCGAGAAUGAUAAACAACGGUACUCUGAAAAGAGUCAACAUGAGCGAAUGCAUGCUUUCUAAAAACAAUGUGAAAGCAUUUUGCGACAACAUACAAAAGCCAAUUCAAGCUCUCAAUCUCAGUGACAGUGAUCGCUUGGUGACUAUUGAUUACAUCGAGGCAAUUUGUGAAGUUAUUCCUCACAUCUCAGACGAACUUGUUUUAAAGUUUCACUCUCUUACUUCAGCGUGUCGAAGCCUUUUGUUGGACAAACUUAAUAGUCUAAAGCACUCUGAAACAAGAAUUAUACUUGGAAAUGGAGAUAUUUUAAACAAGAGAGACACGAAGGCCCAAACAGAAAAAAAAUAAAUGAUAUCAUUGUAAUAUCUAAAUUGUACUACAAGCAGAUAUGUACUUUUAGUGGGCGUGGUUUAACAAUUUUUGCAUAUGUCAUUUCAGACCCACAUAUGACUACGUCAUCUAAAAUUAUGUCACAAUGUUAUAAUAGAACUUGCUAAAGUAUAGUGAUGAUCGUCCUAAAUGGUGUCGGUGACAAUAAUAGUUUACUAGUUUUUGAAAUAAUUUUAAUUCUUGCCAAGCCAAAGAAAUUGUGAUUUUUUGUAUUAUAUAAUAACCUUUUAAAAUAAAAACAGUCCUAUAUUUAAGAAAUGUUUCCCAAUUUAAAUGUAUAUACAUGUUUGCCAGAUGCAAUGUUUUAAAACUUUAACCAAUACUCGUAUGAGUAUAAGGUGGAAGCAAUCCCUAGUGUGCUAAUAUCUAAACAUACUUAAUUCCCUGAGCAGAUAAAACUUGACCCAAGACCUCAUAUGCUCAAUUUGUGGGAGGCUAGAGCUAUUUAUGAAUGUUUCAAAGUGACAAAUCUUUUAAAUAGAAUGACUGGGCGUAAUAUUCCCCUUACCGCCCGUGAGACUUGAAUAUAUUGUGGCCGAUGUACACUUUUGUGUUUUUUCGAAACAAAAGUUCAAUUUUCAUAGUAGUAAUUUUUGUUUUGUUUGUUGAGGUGAUUAUUGUUACUGGGGAAAAACACUGUUAUCCGCACCUAAUUUUUCAAUUCAUCUGAAAAAGGCUUCCAUGUUUUUAUAUCAUUUUAGGGGACUCCGAGAAUAACAACAAUAUUACAUCAGUAAAUUGAUCUAUAUGCACUAUUUGUGUCCAGAUAGGUUAUACUAUCGAAAUUAAGGUGCUAUGUAUAAAGUUUUUUGAGGUUGAAAUAAUUUUUUGAAGCCUUUGAAAUUAUAAGCCUUAUUAUUCAUCAAUAUUUUAAAUAGCUAUUUUUCUGCAUUUAUAUUUGUUCCCUUUUCUAAUUUUAACAGUUUGAGUUAUCUUAAAUCAUUAUCUACAAUUCCUAAAUUUUAUGAUUUAAGCCUUUAUUUUCAUUCUAUUUGAGAGUUUACAAUGUGAAGCGAAGAGUGAACUGUGCAUAUUUUGAGUAAAUGUGCAUAUAAUUUUUUGCUAUGGAAUAAAUUUACUAUUUUUUUUUAUAUAUUUCUGUUUGUUUGAUGAAUUUAUUGCAUUCUUAUUCUUCAAUUGUUUGUUAGAUUGUAUAAGAUUUUAAAAAGCUCUCACGUUACUUUUAGUUGAACUAUAUGAUCAACUAGUAUUAGUUGAACUAUAUAAUAUAUAUGAUCUAUUUCUCAACAGUUAUAUGCAAUUUGCCUAUGUGAUUUGUAUUUCCUUU